AUGAAUAUAAUACGAGUACAUCACACAGUAACAUUAUUAUCGGAUGGAAAAAUGUUAGUUGUGGGUGGAAAUGACAAUACUAAGUAUUUGAAUAGUGCUGAGCUAUACGAUCCGAAUACUGGAAAUUGGACGAUGACUGGCAGUAUGACAUAUCAACGGCAAGCGUACACAGCAACAUUAUUAGCAGACGGAACUGUGUUGAUAAUUGGAGGAUACAGUCAAAACGGUUAUUUGAAUAGUGUCGAAUUGUAUGAUAUACUGUCAGGCACUUGGACAAUUAUCACGAACAUGAGUCGCGCUCGAGGACAACAUAGUGCAUCUAUUUUGAGUGAUGGGAGGGUCCUAGAUAGUGGUGGUAUUACUACUGAUCUCUCUGCUGUAAAUACUGCGGAGCUAUAUUAA